AUGAAGCUGCACCAUCUGGCUGAUAGUAAAGACAACUGGAAGAGUUUUGAUGCUUUUUAUAAAGUAUUCCACUGUCAUCAUACCCUUGUGUCAAUGAUUGUGCAGAAAAACUGGAAGGAUGACGCAUUCUUUGGAUACCAGUUUCUGAAUGGACUCAAUCCCAUGAUGAUCCGCUGCUGCUCUUCUCUGCCCACAAACCUCCAAGUCUCAGAAGACAUGCCCGUGCCAGGAGCUGGAAGCCUGAAACUAGAGAUGGAGGAAGGCAACAUCUUCAUUUGUGACUACAAGGUUUUGCACGGAGUUAAAGCCAACAUCAUUCAUGGAAAAGUUCAGCAGCUGACGGCUCCUCUGGUCCUCCUCUACAAAACUCUUGAGGGUGAACUCAAGCCCAUCGCCAUCCAGCUCAAACAGACUCCGGCUGUGGACAACCCGGUCUUUUUCCCUACUGACUCGGAGUACGACUGGUUGUUGGCCAAAACCUUUGUGAGGAAUGCUUAUUUUAACGAACACGAGCUGAACGUGCACCUGCUGCGAACACAUCUGUUGGCGGAAGUCUACACCGUGUCUCUGCUCAGGAACCUGCCCAGGGUCCAUCCUCUUUACAAGCUUCUCAUCCCUCACACCAGAUACACUCUUGAAAUCAACCUGCUGGCACGGAAGUUCCUUAUUUCUGAGACUGGGGCGUUCACAUUGUAUGCAUCUUCAGGGGGAGAGGCUGUGACCACCAUCCUGCAGAGAUCCACGUCCACACUGACCUAUCGCUCCCUCUGCCUGCCAGACGACAUCAUCGACCGAGGCCUGAAGGCUGUGCCCAACUUCUACUACAGAGACGAUGGACUGAAUCUCUGGCACAUCAUCCACAAGUUUGUCAACGGAAUCCUGACCUUUUACUACAACAAUGACAAAGAAGUGGAAGAAGACCCGGAGCUGCAGACUUGGAUAAAGGACAUAUUUGAGAAAGGGUUCCUGUCCAACACAAACUCAGGAGUCCCACAGUUUUUCCACACCUUGCCUGAGUUGGUGAAGUUCGUCACCAUGGUGAUAUUCACCUGCUCCGCCCAACACACUGCUGUCAACAAUGGACAAUUUGAGUUUGGCAGCUGGAUGCCCAACUCUCCUGGUUCUCUCAAACAUCCUCCUCCUUCAAAGAAAGGCUUCGCCACAGAAGCCACGCUCCUGGAGACGCUCCCUGACGUCGGCACCACCGUCCACGUGAUGGCCGUCCUGUACCUGCUCAGCAAACAGUCCACAGACUUCGUCGCCCUGGGCCAUUAUCCUGAGGAAUACUUCAGCGAAGAAAUUCCAAAGAGACGGAUCAAGGAAUUCCAGACGGAUCUUGAAGAACUGCACAACUUUAUCGAGAAAAGAAACAAAAAGCUGCAGCUGCCGUACGUGUAUUUGGACCCACAGAAGAUGGAGAACAGCGUGGCACUUUGA